AUGGCCAUUGGGUAUUUGGCGAUAUUGAGCGGGGUUCUUGACAGUCUCUUAGUUGAGUUGCCGGAUCAGCGAGCAGAGACACUGAAAGAGGCAAUUGUGCGCUCCCGGUUGUUUCAGAUGUUUUGCAUCUAUCUAUCUAUCUAUCUAUGUUUCCUAGUGUCCCAGGUUUUGUAUCAUUCUUUCUAUCUAUCUAUCUACCUUCCAUCUAUCUAUCUCAUGUGCCGGUGUCCUAGUCAGUUUCUAUCUAUCUAUCUGUCCUAUGUGUUGAUAUUCAUUAUCUAUCUAUCUAUCUAUCAACACCUUUAUCUAUCUGUCAUGUAUCUAUCUAAAUCUAUAUAUAUAUAUAUAUUACGAACAUCUAUCUAUCUAUCUAUCUAUCUAUCUAUCUAUCUAUCUAUCUGUCCUAGUGUGUUGAUAUCUAUCUAUCUAUCUAUCUAUCUAUCUAUCUAUCUAUCUAUCUAUCUAUCUAUCUGUCCUAGUCUGUUGAUAUCUAUCUAUCUAUCUAUCUAUCUAUCUAUCUAUGUGUCCUAUCUGUUGAUAUCUAUCAUCUAUCUAUCUAUCUAUCAUCUAUCUAUCUAUCUAUCUAUCUAUCUGUCCUAUCUGUUGAUAUCUAUCUAUCUAUCUAUCUAUCUAUCUAUCUAUCUAUCUAUCUAUCUAUCUAUCUGUCCUAGUCUGUUGAUAUCUAUCUAUCUAUCCAUCUAUCUAUCUGUCCUAGUGUGUUAUCUAUCUAUCUAUCUAUCUAUCUAUCUAUCUGUCCUAGUAGUGUUGUUGAUAUCAUCUAUCUAUCUAUCUAUCUAUCUAUCUAUCUAUCUAUCUAUCUAUCUGUCCUAG